AGUAAUUGCGGAUCCCUUUAAAUUUUUUUAAUUAAUCACAAGGUAGUCCACAAGAGAAUUCAUGCAUUAACAUACAUAUACCGCUGACAUUUAGAAUAUACAUUAUGCAGAGAGAGCUCCCUGUUACUAAAGAAGUCCUAAAGAAGAUUAUUGUGCAAGUGGUUUCCAUGUACCGCCAGAACCGCAUCCCGCAGUCUUGCUGACAUUCACCAACACGUGCACGGCAGCUCGCGCGCCCGGGCUCCACAGCAGCAGCAACGGCAGCAGCGUUGUCCCGCACAACACGAGCAAACGGCGUCCAGCACGGGACAGACCCCGCACCCUCUCACUGCAGCAUGGCAACAGAGUUUCAUAACCUCCAGGAGAUGCAGCACACUGCAUCGCUGGUAACAAAGGUGUUCAUACAACGAGACUACAGCGAAGGAACUGUGUGCCGAUUCCAGACCAAGUUCCCCACAGAGCUCGACAACAGGAUAGAGAGAGUGCUGCUUGAGCAGACAGUAAAGACCCUGAACUCUUAUUAUGUGGAGGCUGAGAAAGUUGGCGGUCAGUCAUACCUGGAAGGAUGCCUGGCUUGUGCUACAGCAUACAUCGUCUUCCUCUGCAUGGAAACACGCUAUGAGAAGGUCUUGAAGAAGAUAUCAGGCUACAUCCAGGAGCAGAAUGAGAAGAUCUACGCUCCGAGAGGUCUGCUGCUCACAGACCCCAUAGAGAGAGGAAUGAGGGUUCUGGAGAUCAGCGUGUUUGAGGACCGGGGCUCAAGCGGCUCUAGUCCCAGCAGCAGCAUGUCAUCGUGCAGCACUGCUCGGUGACUGGAGGAGCAGCACCAGGCUUACGGGUACCACCACAGAGGCAGCGGGACACUCACCAACAUCCGCAUGUUGAAACAUGAGAGCACCAGGUUCUAAAGACGAGCAGAAAGACGAAAAAUCCAAGGAGGUGAUCCACAAGAUUUACACACUCUUCCUGUUGAGACCUUCCACUAACCACCAUUGGAGAAGGAUCUGGCUUGUAUAAAAGCUGUGGCUACUUAAAAUAAUCAACCUAACUCCAACAAAACCCACAUAUCAGCUUGUGACAAAAUGCAAAAUCCAUUGUCUAAGAAGAUAAAACUUUUACUUUUGAAAAGAAGUGAAUCAUUUUUGUUCCAUUUCGUCAUGUAUGUUUUAUGUCCUAACUUUGUCUGCAGGCUGACAUGAGUUUAGGCCUGUCAUCAGUCCAUGACUAGUAUCAUUUCACUGUCAUUAUUAUUCUGUGCUCAUUUAUAGUCAGGGUAUUCGAAAGUCUUUCCAGCAGCACCAGCAUCUAAAAUGAGGAUAACUUACUGAGCCCCAGGAGACACUGUGUUCUUCAUUUGUUUCAGGUAGUUUAGGUCAAGUCGCUUUGAAUGGUGGCAAAUUGGGCUUACCUAAGCCCAAGGCUUUGUUCAGAGGUAUUUGGCAUAAAUGUCAAACUAAGAACAGUCUGAUUUAUUUAUCUUUCUUAUUCAUCAGAGUGGAUUAGGUGAUCUGCAUCACAGCUGCAGGCCAUAUAUGCAGACAUAUUCACAUACCAUGCCCAAGCAUUAGAUAUACAGUAUAUACAGUGAAGGGGACAUGUAGUAUAUACAAUGAGACACAUACGUGUGCAGCAUGUGCUUAUGCUUCUCUGCCCACACUGAGAUUAUUCUAGAGUUUGGAUAUGAAAAAGCCAGGAAAUAUGGUUUCAGCUCUCUGGGAACAUAUUCAGAGGUUUGGAAAUUUUUUUUUUUCUUUCUCUCUGGAUAAUAGUUUUGAUGUCUGGCAGUGUUUAUGAUUUUGAAUUCACUUGCAGUCUAGUGUGAGAUGAAAGCUUGCAGAUCUUAACACUGUCAAAAACCCUUUUCCCUAAACAUACUUAAUGGCUUCCUAAUAAAGCUGAAAGAGAGUGGGCUGUUAUCAGUGAAGCUGGAGACUCUGCAGUCAUUAAGCCGAGAAAUGUGUUUCUGUUUGAGGGCUGGAGCUCGCUGGAGAAUCGGCCCACACAGAGUUAAAGAACUAAACCUUAUGUGGCCUGUGUUCACGGCUGUUAUGUAGAUGCAGAUUGUGUUAAUGAUUCAAACACAACAAAAAGGCAAUAUAUAAAAAGUCAUGGAAUGCACUACAUCCAACUGGCACACUCAGCGAAGAAGAAUUGUGGAAAAAGAAAGUUCUGUCCAUUGUAGGGUUUUAAAGUUUAGAUAAAAUGGAUUUGCUUUUUACAAUGUUCUAAGAUAGUUGGCUUAUGGUUUAAAAAUUGCACAAUCUUUCUGCUGUGGCUUUCAUACAGUUUAAAGACCUUAGAAUGAACUAAAAAUGCUGGAGCAACAAGAGUUUUCCCCAGCUGUUUGCAGCAUAGAGUAAUGCUGUGAUUCCGAGUCUGUCAGCAAUUAAGUCUGGUAUAUAUAUUAUUAAAAACAGAAUAAUGGAAACAUUUAAUAUUUUGCUCAAUAAGGACGAUAUUUAUUUGUGAACCAAUUUUAAUUUAGCAGUAUAAUUUGAAAUGAUUGCUUAAGUGUAUGCAUCAAAGACAAAUAAGGCCAAAUAAAUAACACAGUUGUUCUUCUGAAAAUGUAAAAUUUUUCAAGGAGCAAUAUUACGCUUGUGUUUUUUUAAAGCUAAAUAGAUCAGCUUUACAUUUUUUUAAUUAGUUUGUGUAAGACCAAGGUUAUCAUAUCCUUGAAAUCUAGUAAACGGUCAGUGUUUUCAAAUAAUGUAAUUCUACUUUCUAGUGUACAAAAUUGCAUUACAAGGAUAACUUUUGUAAUUCUCCCUGUAAUUUUAAAGGAUACAUUUUGUUUUCAAAUUAGCAGAUUUCUACUGUGAAAAGUCAGUGUUUACUUUAGAAAGACCUCCUUUGGACAGUGUAGGUAAAUUCUGAACUUUCAUUGACUUAAUAAAAUUUAAAAUUUAGCUGCAACACAAUUUUAAGGACACCGUUACCUUAAACUCCCUCUCAUAUGGAAAACCAUCAAUCAUAAUUGUAUAGCAUCAUUAAGUGUGACCAUAAUGUUGCAAAUAUUUUCAUAUUGAUAGAGUAUCAACAUAAUAUUCAUUUUGUUUGUCUAUGUUUAUCAUGUUGUGGUUUUUUUUAGUGUUACUUCAGCAGCUGAUGCUGUUAUCUUUUGUUACUGAAUGUUCAACGGUAAACUGACCACUGCAGAUCUGUGUUUUAAGUGUUUUAAUUUAUUUCUGUGAAUAGUUUGACAUCUUUUAACCCUUGGAUAACUGAUCUGAACCAGUGAGACAUUUAUACCACAAGAGUUUAGAUGUGCUUGGAUUUAGCCUCCUGUGCUUUGUUUUUUGAUGCCUUCAUGUUUCAUAUUGGUGGAAUGGAUGUCCAACCUGGUGCUGAUGGACCGACCAAUUUAAAAGUGACUUAACACUGCCUAAAGGCACAUAUAGGAGCUUAUUGGACAAUGUAUAUUGAAAUGAGUAUAAACAGUCUGUGCAGGUAUGACUUUGUAGCUUUGAUUGUAUACAUUUGUGAAUAGAAGAUAUUGGAUAUGUGAUACAAUAAUCCCAUUUCACUAGAUGUUAGUAAUUUGUUUCAUAUGGUCAUUAAGAAAAGGAGCAGUUAAAUGCAUACGAAGAUGUUGGAUUGUGUUAUUUGCUAGUCAUUAUUGAUUUGUCUAUAAAUCUGUUGAGAGUUUUGAUACAGUAGCUAACAAAGUUGAAAGUAAAAACAAGUUGAUGACAAUGAUUCUCAGGGAAAACUUUUAACAGGCCAAAUUUAAAAGGUCUAAAACAAGUGUAGCAACAUGGUGAUGGCCAUGUUACUCAGCUGGUUGCACAAGCUACAAUGGAGUCUCUGACUUCAACUCCUCAGCCUAUGAUUAAGCUUUGCAUAGGCCUAGUAUUGAGCAAUUCAUUUUAUUUAGAUGUUUAGAAACAGGGAUUCAUCUUAAAGCAGCAUGUCAGUGGUUCCUGAGGAUUAGAGUUGGAGAAUCGUGAGUCUAACAUAAAACAAUCUAUCAGGUUUUUUUUUAAUAUUAAUCUACUGAUAUAUGAAAAUCUUCCAGAAAAAGUACUGUUUCCAAGUAGUCUGAAAGUCUUUUUUCUUUUACAUAUUUAAUAAUAUCCCUGUCCAAAAUAUAGAGAUUAAGAAGUGAGAAAGUUACAUGUGUAUAAUCAGUAUUAAAUUUGCAAACCAGACAGCCAAUCAUAAAAUGUGAUUUCUAAAAACAAUGUGAUUAGGAUUAUUUUAAAAUGUAAAAAAGAUCAACAUUUUCAAAGAAAUCCUUAUUCUUAAGGAUUGCUUACUAUUCUGCAAGUGCUAAAAAAUGAUGGGUAGCUCAUUUAAUAAUGUAACCUAUUGGUACUUUAUUUAUCUUGUACUGCAUUUAUGAGUUGCACACCUUCAUUAGGUUGUACACAAUCAGUAAUAAGAACAUAUCAAAAGCUUGAUGUUCUAUAAGAAAAGAAAUAUUGGGCAGUAACUAUGAUAUGUUCCUGAAAAUAUCUAACAUGAUGUGUGCAAUAUUGGUGCUGAGUUGUUUUGCCUCUGGGGAGACUCAUUGUUCUGCACUGAUGUUUUAUGCUGCAUGGUGUGUAAACAUCGUAGCAAAGGACAAGACAAAUAAAAUCCCUCUUAAAAAAGUAUUGCAACAUGCUGCCAAAAGUUAUAUAUUAAUGUUGUUUGUGUGUUAAUAUUUGAUUACUAAUAAGUUCAUUAAAAUAAUGUUAUGUAAAUUUUAUAAAAGUUGAUUAGACAUCCUAUCCAGAGAUAGGAUGUAAUUGUCUAUAAAGUGUUUGAUGAAGCCAGUGAAAACAGGAUGGAUUGUUGUCAGUAUUAAAAUAAAAUUCAUUUUGCUUAGAAGA